UGGCUUUGAAUGUUUUAGAUUCCAGCAGUAAUUUAGAGUAGUUGGCAUGGGCCCUGGUUCACGGGAUUAAAUGGGUGCCCAUAUUAAAUUUCCCCUCCUCUUUAUAGCCCAGUGCCUGGGCCCAUUGGGCCCAAGUGCAGUUGCACUGCUUGCACACUUGAAAUCUACACCACUGAACCACACUCGAUUACUUCUCCCCCUGCGAUCUUUGCAUUGCCACUCGCUGGCCUCCUCCAGAAUUGGCACUUAUCGCUAGAGAGCGUGUUUCACUUUGCAUUCCACCAACAAGCAUUCUCUCAGGUCCCACACCUCUGACCUGCGAUGGGACUUUUCCUCAGCCCUCACCUCAACCAAAAUUAUGCAUAGAGUACGCUGAAUGUCCAAUUUUUAAGUGCAGAAUCGAAUCAAAAUUAGAAUAUUUAUCCUGGAGGAAUCUGAUGAACUAUGAAGCUCUUUUUUACAGAUGUCCAGUCAGGGCGGGUAAGAACGUUACAACAACAAAGAGUACAAAAACACGACAGGAGUGCAAAGUACAAAAAAGUAAACAAAUCACUCAAGCACAUGCAAAUUAAACUAAACCAUCCCCAUCCUACCAGGCAAAGCCCCACUGAUGCAUCAACUUAUUAUUCAAAAGCGACCUGGCCACAAAUGAUAGCUCAACAAAGUGGCUUAUCAUUUGGAGAUCUAUAGCAGCAACAUCUAAAUGGUCUAAACGCAUGUUUCUAAACGAGGAUGGAAAAUCCAGAAGACCUGUAGAGAAAAUCCACGCGACCACGGGGAGAACAUGCAAACUCCAAAUAUGCAGGCGUUGGGGUCGGGAUCGAAUCUUCGACCUACAUAUCUGGCGAGGAAGAUGACAUCUCACCACCGUGGCGCCCCUUAAAUAAAUAAAGUAUAUGUAUUCAAAUUGCAUAAUCAAUUCCAAAGCUUUAAAAAGGCAGUAAAACAACAGCAAAAACAGUCCCAGACCACACACCAAGACAAAACACAGUCCCUUAAUAAAAAUUGCACGUUAACAUUUUACUCUCAAUACAUUGCUUCAGAAUGUUUGUGAUAAGUGAGUAAACAAGGUUGUUGCGAAACGUUGGUGCCGCAAUGGCAAAGUCUUUGUCACCUGUUCCAAUUCUUGUUCUUAGGAUAAUUAAAAGGCAAUCAGAGGGACUCCUUAGGUUUCUUGGAUUUGACAAUGGGGUUAAUGAAUUAGCUAAUUAUAGCGCAGAUUUGCCAAUAAGGGUUUUAUGGAUGAACAGGGCCCAAUGUAUUGCAUCAAGUGAUGAGAGAUUGGAUGUUAAGUAGAUGUCACUGGUGGGUCCUGUAUGUCACAUCCAGAGCAAAUCUCGGGGCAGAAUGAUGAAGCGGUUUUAGUCUGUUUAGUGAUUCAGCAGCAUCACCGUAGUCAAACAGUGGUAGAAUGAUAGCUUCAACAAUUUGCAGGCGUAAUCGAAUGGGAAAACAGUGUUUCUAUAUAAAAAAAAUUGUUAAGAUUGUCAUCGAGAUGUGAUCAAUAUGGGGUUUGAAUGUACGUUUUUAAUACUCGGGGAGCUGUGAUGGAGUUAGUGUGGAUUGGUUUUAAGGCUGCAUAAGUGAUGGCAGGCAUCUUGUGUUUCAGGGGAUUAAAUCGGAAACCUUUCGGUGGCUGUAAGUUAAUCUGUACACCUGUGGAGCUUUCUUGAUGUUUAACGUGGAACACAGUAGCUCACCCGUGAUGUGUGUCCCUGUGUUAGUGUCUUGCAUGUUUCCAAGAUGAGAGAGAGAGACCACGGGCACUGUGGACGUGAGCCACGCGCACUGCGGUCACCUGCGUCUGUUCCGUUCUAAGCCAUGGCGAGGUAGAAGAAGAUCAACGACCUUCGCGAGGUCACGCUACAAGGCGAGAUGGAACCCCCGUGCGGACCAGAGGGAACCGAAUGGGACACGGACUUGGAGGACGAUGGCGACGAAGCCCUCCUCCGUCCUGGGGGCCCGCGGUCACAAGACCUGGGCUGGGGCCCCCGCUACCGGGAAGGGUGCCGCACCGCGGGGGUCUGCCCGGCCACGGGGGUCCUGGGCUCAGGGGGCUCCCGACCCCAGCUGCGCCUCGCGCACCGAGCCCUGGGACCCCGCGGUGCCGCGCCCCUCGCUCGCUGUCUCACGGUCAACACCAUGGUCACCAAGUUGGACCUGACGGACAACUGGCUGCAGGAGGAGGGUUGCCACCACCUCUCGCGAAUGCUGAAAGAGAACUGCUACAUCGAAGAGCUGAACGUGUCGAGCAACCGCAUGGGAGACGGAGGAACGAUGGCCUUGUGCUCUGCGCUGAGGGAGAACUCCACCGUCACCAGUCUCAACCUGUCCGGAAACAAUUUAACAGAUGAAGCUGCCAGACAUUUGCACAACGCCAUGUCGGUAAAUAGAAGCCUGAAAGAACUGGAUAUGAGCCACAACAGAAUUGGAGACGCAGGUGCCAUGCAUGUGGCCCAUAUGAUAGCGAACUCCACGACGCUGGAGACGCUGGACCUGACGUGGAGUCUGUGGAGGUGCCACGGCUCCGUGGCCAUCGCAGCAGCCAUCAGCGUGAACCGCAGUGUUCGCUGGCUGAGCUUGGCAUGGACCGGCGUGGGCACCGAGGGUGCCCUGGCACUGCGAGAGGCUCUCCAGCGGAACAGGACCCUGCACCACCUGGACCUGAGCUCCUGCCGCGUGGAUGAGCGGGGCGCGAGGGCUCUGGCUGCCGGGCUGCAGACGAACCUGGCUCUACGCAGCCUCAAGCUCACACUGAACCCUAUCAUGGCAGAGGGAGCCCUCGCCUUGCUCUCCGCCAUCCAGAAGAACAAGAGGUCGACGAUGCAAGACGUCAACAUUUCAAAUGUGGUGGUGAACGAGCAGUUUGUGCAGCUGCUGAGCGCGGUGCGAGGCGAGCGCCAACGGCCCCUGUCCGUCCGGCACGGGGGCAUCGGCAGCGGCCUGCGCCGCACGUUCCAGCCCAGGGUCAGCCCCAUGCAAGCCAUCCAGGGGCACCUUCUCAAGAAUAAGCUGCGUCUCUGGGACUUCUUCCGUAACAUGGACAACAGCGGGACAAUGUCAGUGACCCAGGAUGUCUUCAGGAGCGCCAUGCAGCAACUGAGCACACCCCUGGAGGAGCAGGCGUUAGAGGAGCUCAUCUCGGCGCUGGACAGAGACGGAAGUGGCUGGAUUAGCUACAGGGAGCUCCUGGACGGGCAACGCGCGUUCCGCAGGACGGCGAGGCGCGCUUCCCAGCGCUCGGACGCGCGCUCGCUGCGGGAGAAGAGAAUCGUGGCCGAGUUCACUCGCUACGCGAUGAGCAUGGAGAGAGGCGCUCGUUACGUUUCAUCCGCAUAGCCCAGCCAGCCCCCUGCUCAACUCUCUCAUCUCUCUCGCUCUCCCUCAUCUCUCUCACAAAGAUCCUCCUGAAUAGCCUUCGUUAGACUGUUGGAGCAAGUGCUGUUAGCGAGCACCUAUUAAGGCCAGCACGGAACACGAGAGGGAGCGGGGUGGCCAAUGCCACGCCCGGCCGCCUUUUUCUCCCCAGAGCUGCUUUUUGAACACAGUACUAGGGGUUCAUACUCUUAGUUCUUUCGGUAAAGUCACGUAGGUAAAAAAUGAAAUUAAAUUAAUAAAAAUAAAACAAUAAAAAUCACGACGUUUCGGAGGCAACACAAGCUUCCGUCUUCAGGUGGAACCGUCACAGCAAAAUAUCUGUACCUUAUAUAGAGGUUAAGGGGGGAGGAGCCAGGAAGGGCUCCUCCCCCCGAAACGUCGUGAUUUUUAUUUUUUUAUUAAUUUUAAUUUCAUUUUUUACCUACGUGACUUUACCGAAAGAACUAAGAGUAUGAAUCCUUGCAGUCACGAAAGCUUCAAAUCUAGAAACAGUACUAGGGGGCCGUCCAUAAAUGACGUCACGCGAUUUAGGACGAUUUUUUAAACUUUGUAGUAGAACGAAGCAAAAUGGAGAGUACAAUUAUAACAAUCACAUAUUCAUUUCACGGAAUGAAAAGCCGUGGUAUAAUCGUUAGAAUCAAAAUGUUUAAUAACAAUCAUUCAAAAAUGUACAAAAUGUACGCUUCUCCAUUCUCCCAUGGAGCAGCAAAAUGCUCCUUCAUGGAAUAAAUAAAAGGUGACCUUAGUAAAUUUAAAUAAUCAAAUAGUUAAUCGUGAAAAUUAAUCAAUUAGUGUUGUUAUAACAAUUCUAUUCAAUAAAUAUGUAUUUAAAGUUGCGCAUUUUGAUGUGACGUCACAUUUCUCAAACCCCCCCUCCCCCCCUCGUCACACAUCGUCACAAAUGUCUGACCCCCCUCCCCCCCCCCAGAUGCGCGACGUAAUUUAUGGACAGCACCUAGGUUCUCAUUUAAGGCUGAGUCGACGUACGGGGAGGCCCAGGAUCGGGUCGACCUAUUUGCCACUGUUAUUAGUCACGAGUGGAAAUCGAACUCGGGUCGCCGGGUUCGUAACCACUGCCCUACACCUCCGCCCUGUACAAUAAAAUCUCAAUAACUCCAAUGUGAGCUCAAAUGUUUGUAACUCAUGGAUAUACAACUCUGUGCACUGUGCAGUUCCCCGUGAUGUUCGUGUGCCUAGGGUUAAUGCCUAAAAUAAAGUUGCUCUAC